AUGAAGUGCUAUUACGAAUUAUUGACUAUUGCAAUUUUAUUCAAUGUUUUUGUAAUUGGCUGUAAUGCUAAUGUGGCAUAUGCCAAAAAUCACAGACACACAUCCAAUUCAGUGUUGGUUGAAGUAGCGAAAGAAUUGGUAGAGAGAUCCAAAAAUACGAACCAGGUUCUUAAUUUAAAUCUAUCGAAUUUAAUUUUGCUGCUGAUGUUAAAAACUAUGGUCAUAGGAACAAAGUAUUUAGAAAAUAAUGACUAUAAAAACCGCGAACUUGAAGAAGAAAAUAUCGUAUCAGAAGAAGAGAUCGCUCUUGCAUUGGGAUAUUUGAUAGGUGAUACCUGUCUUUAUCGAGCAGCAUGUGAAGUACCAAGAACUGCUAGAAAUUACUUGCACGCAAUUGAUAUGAUAACUCAGACCCUGAGUUUGAUGCCACCAACUCUCCGCCCUGACAAUGAUUAUGAAAAAACAAUUUCUGAUUUUCGCAAGGCAAUUGAGUAUGGAGAACUGAAACAAUGCCCACCGGAGUAUAGUUGUAAAAAAGAGAAUAUUAAAAACUUUCUGCGACCUGAAUACAAUUAA